GCAACUUGCAAGAAUGUUGUCAUUCUUCUCGUUCUCACGAAACAUGUUAAGGUAUGCUCUUCAAAUCCCAAAUCCCUCUCCUUGUUGUGUUCCCUAUUCAGCUUUCCGUAUUUGCUUCCCUUCAACUUCAUCCCUACACUCUCACUCUCACUCUCAACCCCAAUCACUUGAUGAAGCUGUUGAUUCCUUCACUCGCAUGCUCUCUAUGCGUCGCCCUCCAUCCAUCAUCCAAUUCACCAAGAUUUUGGGAUCUCUUGCCAAGACCAACCAUUUCUCCACCGCCAUUUCCCUUUUUCAGCAAUUGCAAGCCAGGGGAAUCGCUCCCAACUUAUUUACUUUGACCAUCGUAAUUAAUUGUUGUUGCAGCAUGGGCCGUAUGACGCUUGCUCUCUCUGUAUUGGCCAAGAUUUUCAGAAUGGAUUAUCAACCUAAUACGGUAACAUUGACAACAAUCCUGAAAGGUCUCUAUCUCUGUGGUAGUGUUGAAAAAGCAGUGCGCUUUCAUGCCACAGUGCUGGCUUAUGGAUUUCACUUCGACCAAGUCACUUAUGGGACCUUGAUCAAUGGCCUCUGUAAGACCGGACACACAUCAAUUGCUAUUCAAGUGUUGAGAAAGAUCCCACGGUAUGGCAUUGCUCCUAAUGUCAUCAUGUACAAUGCAAUUAUUGAUAGCCUCUGCAAGGAUACACUUGUCAAUAUAAGGAAGCCAUUGAUUUGUUAAGUGAUAUGGUGCUUAGAAACAUUACUCCUAAU